UAAAAUCGAGGUGUGCUGUAGAAAUCCAUUCAGAUGAAGACCGACAGCGGCAGACGAGAUCGUGGUACGCACACACGGGUAAAAACUGGAUUUAGAUAGCAACCGUAGAGUAGUACCCUUCUGUCGUUCAGUUCCAUUCACGGGGUUUCCUCUGCACCGAGCGCACUUCACUGUUCGGUUCGGUGAUCUAUCGGCUGAUCGUCUGUUGGAUACGAGCGCGUUGGAUUCCCAUACAGUACGAGACAUACAAUCGAAAGCCACGCCUCAUUUUUAUCAACUGUGUGUGUGUGUGUGUGAACAACAGUCGGGGACACAACGCAAAGUACCGGCGCAGACGAAGCAUCUCUUCGUGGAUUUUUAGAUUAUUAUUUUUUUCUUUAAGGAGAGAGAGAGGAGCAAUUUAUUAUUAUUAUAUAUUUUUUGACAGUUGUUUGUUUGUUUGUUGACACCAUGCGAUCAACUGACAUGGCGAAUGUGACUGUUAAUCAUAAUUCGGUUGGAUCGGCGUUGAAUACGGAAACUACGAUAGCUUUGAGUCAAAGUAUGGAUUCCGUUAAUACCACACCAGAAGAAGAGGUUCGGACGCUAUUCGUCAGUGGUCUCCCCAUGGACGCUAAACCCAGGGAAUUGUAUUUAUUAUUCAGGGCAUACAAGGGUUACGAGGGGUCACUUCUAAAGGUCACCAAUAAAAAUGGCAAAAACACCUCACCAGUCGGCUUUGUUACCUUCUCAUCCAGAGUGUCAGCCGAAACAGCGAAACAAGAUUUACAGGGAGUCCGGUUUGACCCCGAUCUACCACAGACUUUGAGACUGGAGUUUGCCAAGAGUAAUACGAAAGUUACGAAACCCAAACAGCAGUCACCCCAGCCAGCCGCCACUCACCCGACAAUCAUACACCCACUAACAGGGCAAGAGCUAGGUACGGCGUUUUUUCCUGGAGCUCACGAGGCCUGGGCCCCCCAUCCACUGGCCCCGUUCCCGGAACUGGCGCCCGCGGCAACCGCCCUCCACCACCACACUGCACUUCUCCAGCACCCUGCCCUCGCACAGGUACAGCUACGGGGAUCAAAGAAGGGGUGGGGAGAGGUUAUGGACGAUGGGGAUAUCCAGGCAGCACACCAGUCAGUAAUAUUUGAAAGAGCAGUGGAAGGAAGCCAUUAUCCGUACGGCUGUCAAACAUUCAUGAUUCAGAAACCAGCUGUGCAUCCUAUGGCAUCACCCCAUGGAGCUAUUAUUCAAUAUCAGAACCUCGCAGGAAUCCCUGGCAUGCUCCCAGAACAGUUCCUCCCACAGAUGCAACAAGCUGCGUUCAUGGGACCACCGACCGUUACCGUGUCAACGAUGCCACACCCUGCCCUCGGGGCCACGCCCAUAAUAGCUAGUCCAACGACCAAUGUGAACACAUCCCCAUCACAAUCCAACGCUCCCUGCUCAACGCUGUUCGUCGCCAAUCUAGGAUCGUUCUGUUCCGAGCAGGAGCUGAAAGAUUUGUUUACAACUUUCAAAGGGUUUUCACGACUACGAAUGCACAAUAAAGGCGGUUCACCCGUAGCCUUUGUAGAGUUCCAGGAUGUAACUCAGGCUGCCACUGUGAUGAAUCGCCUUCAAGGUUUUGUUCUCCUCUCCUCUGACCGGGGAGGACUCCGAAUAGAAUAUGCAAAAAACAAAAUGGGUGAAGUGGUGAGUGGAGUUUAGCCCUAUCUCAAAGAUCCAACAAGGUAAAAAAGAAGAACUGUUAUCUGUUAUGAACAGUCCUCUUUCUAUGAUGUCGGUUUAUUAGGAUGUGAAUCAAAUGGGAUAAUGGACCAUACAAUGUGAUAUAUUACAAUCAUAACUUAUCAAUCAUGUGUUGUUAUGGCAACAAAGUGUUUUAAAGUUGCCCUAACUCUCUUGUGUUCAUUUUGAUUGAAGAAAAAGAAGACUGUGCUUAUCAAAGCUAGAUAUAUAUACAAUUGUUUUCUUUUCCAGUGUAUUAUAUAUAUAUAUAUAUAUAUAUAUAUAUAUGUACAUGUAUAUGACAUUUUGUUUUUGGAAUCUAUUUGUUUUCGUAUAUGUAUAUUUGUUUCUAUGUUUAUAAGUGAGAUUUUGAAUAUGUGGAGAUGAAGAUUUGUUGCUUGGCAAACUUUUAUUACAAAUUAAAUAGAUUUGAACAACAUGAUCAUGUUUUAAGAUACAAAUAUUUGAAACAGAGUUGUAUUCAUUUAAAUGUAGAUAAUUUGAUGAUUUAAAGGGAGACAAUUUCAUCUUUAAAGGGAGGUAAUAAUCUAAUUUAAAGGCAGGUAAUAUUCUAGUUUAAAGGGAGCUAAUUUAAUACAUUUCAAAGAGAAAUUCAUGUUUUGAAGAACGACAAUUUCAUUGUGUCUCUAUUUGUAGGCAAUGGCAUGGGAUGAACUAAAAUCUUUUUACAUUUGUAUCAUCUUUCUUUUUCUCUCAUAUAUUGUUGUAAGCUUCACAUGCAGUGUUAUGGUAUUAAAAAUGUGAAUAGUAGCAAUCAUUUUGUUUCAUAAAAAAAUAAAAAAAAAUAAAGUAAAAAGAGUAUUGAUCCCAGGGGCAGGUAACCUAGUAGACAGUAAUAUGAUAUAUGGCAAUAGAUUUUUAAUUAGUUAUCCUUAUUUCUGAUUUUACAUUUCUUCUUCAUACAGGAAACUAAGAAAAUAAUUAAAUUAUUAUUAUUAAAUAAUUUUGGUUAAAAAUAUUUUGUUCUAUUUUGGAAUCAUUUCUUUUUAAUAAUCUUUAAUUACAUUUAACUUCAAUAUUUUUUUUUUUAUCCAGUUUGUAAUUGCUGAAUAACUAAAAACAAAAAAACAAAAAAACUGAAAAUGUGUAUGUCCAAAAUAAUGAUUUUCUUGAUAAAAUAUAGUGGACUCAGACAUUUUCAUGGUGCCCAAAUAGUCUUUCAAAUUUCUUUUUAACUGUCUGAUUAGUUAUCUGCCCCUACUGACAUCUUGUUCCGUCCAUUCUGUUAAAACAUAUCUGCAGUGACAGUAAAAUGUGCUAUCCCAUAGUGCAUUAGCCAAAACUUGGCCUUUCUUUGGUCCUGUUUUCCAAAUAACAAAACACUGGAAUGCAGCAUUCAUUUUAUUCUGAUUUUUUUUUUUUUUAAUGAUUUGGUACAAAAUGACGUUUGUUUCAUUUAUAUAUUACAAAUAUUUUCCCACUUGUGACCUGCAUGUUUAACAGUUUUGGUUACUAUAGCUUUUGUUAAAAUGUCAAAUUACACAUUACUUAAAAAAAUUCUAUUGAAAUUCAGGUUUUUUGUUUUUUGGUUAUGAGGAACAGGAUUUAGCUCAGUCCAUUGAGUGCUCAUUUGAGGUGCUUGCAUCGCAG